UAUUUUACUUGUGGUGCCAAUAAAAUAAUGACUCAUUUAUUGCUUUGAAUUAAAAUAUAAAUCAAAACAAUGUCGAAUUUAUACGAAAAGUUGCCUUGCAAAGAAGGGUCAAGACCAUACAAGUGUGUGGAGUUUGGAACUAAAGUGUCGUUAAAACUAAAUAAUUUAAGAAAAGAUGGAAGAUUUUGUGAUAUUGAUUUAAUAUCUGGAUCAACAAAAGUGAAAGCGCAUCGUGUGGUAUUAGCUGCAAGCUGUGAAUAUUUUGAUGCCAUGUUCAGUGUGGGCCUAGAAGAGACACAUAAAGGUCAUGUUAUAUUACCCAAUGUUCCCCCUGGUAUUCUGCCAAUGAUUGUUGACUUUAUAUACACAGGUGAAAUAAUUAUAGAUAAAGCAACAGUCCAACAUCUCUUGGUUGUCGCUGACAUGCUUCAGCUCAGAGAGCUGGUGUCUGGAUGUGGUGAAUAUUUGAAAAGGGAGUUACAUCCAUCAAAUGCUUUGGGUAUAUAUAGGUUUGCAGAAUCACACAACUGUAUGAGCUUAGCAGAAGAAGCAUUAGCUCACGCUCAGGUCCAUUGGAACUUAGUGACCAAAGGUGAAGAGUUCUUAGAGCUACCUCUGCAACAACUUGUUACUUUACUGUCAUCAGAAGAACUGAAAGUAGAUAAUGAAGCUCAGGUUCUAUAUCCAGCAUUAGAAUGGCUUGAACACGACCCAGCGAGUCGCAGGCGUCAUUGUUUCGAAGUUUUAAGCAAUGUCCGCCUACCUCUGAUCUUGCCUCAAAUUUUGGACGACGCCCUAAAAACCGUACGAGAUCCAUCUAUAGCUGUCGCCUUGAAAACAGUUCGAGUCGAUAUGAAAACGGGACGCGGUGCGCUGGUGUCGUUAGCUGCGGAGCCACGCGCGCGUUCUCGUCGCGUGCUGCUGGUGGCGGGCGGCUCUUGCCAUGACAACAAUGUCAUGCCCAGCUUCGUCACCGACAACAUACUUUCCACUGUACUCAAGUUUGACCUCUAUAAAAGAGAAUGGGAGGAGCUUGCGCCAAUGGAUAUUGCGCGCAUCCAACCAGGAAUGGCAACAAUGGGUGGGCGAGUGUACGCGGUCGGCGGCGAGCAGGGCAGCCAAAUACUGGCCAAUGGUGAAGUGUACGACCCGCAGAAUAACAAGUGGUCGGACAUAGCUCCAAUGAAGGAGGCGAGAUGUGAGUUCGGUCUGACGGGGUGGAACGGGCAUUUGUAUGCGUUCGGCGGCUGGGUGGGCUCCGACAUGGGCGGCUCCGUUGAAAUGUACGACCCCAUCAACGACGAGUGGACUCUCAUUGGACGCAUGCCCGAGCAGAGGUUCGGCAUGGGGGUUGUCACCUUUGAAGGUCUUAUCUACGUGGUUGGUGGAUGCACGCACUCGUGGCGGCACACACGCGACCUGCUGUGCUACGACCCGAGCACGCGCACGUGGCGCACGUUGGCGCCCAUGAGGCACGCGCGCAGCCAGGCCGCCGCCGCCGUGCUCGACAACCACCUCUACGUGAUCGGUGGCAACGCGCCGCAGCGCACCGUCCUCGCCUCCGUCGAGAGAUACAACUUCGACGAUAAUACAUGGGAGGAGGUGGCGAGCCUGCGGCAGGCGCGGGCGGGGUGCGCUGCGGGCGCGGCGGACGGCGUGCUGGUGGCGGCGGGCGGCGACAGCGAGAGCGACGACGGUCAGCGAGCCUUCUACCGCGCGCGCACCACGCUCGCCUCCGUCGAGGUGUACGAGCCCGCAGAGAACGUGUGGCGGCCCGCACCGCCGCUGCCGCACGUGCGCGCAGAGGCAGGCGCCGCGCUACUCUGACGAACACUGUCCCUCGCUUACAUUCGAUAUCAACAUUCAUUGCGGUAUGUUAACUUUACAAAUAUCAACUUGAUGCCAACUGUCGGCUCUUUGUGUCGACAAAUGGAAUUCUACUAAAUUUUACGUAACUAUCGAUAUGCAAUUUUUAAACAACAUUUUUACCUGUCGCUCACCUUCCGUGUGCUUAUUUAGUGGGCCUAGCACGAAUAUUUGUGACAAUCGAUAUCGUAUCGUCAUCGACAAAAUUUGUGCAGCGUUAUCGAGAGUAAAGUACGCUAAAAAUCUCAUAUUAAUUGUAACAUAAUUGUCGAUGACGAUACGAAGGCGAUUGUCACAAAUAUUCUUACUACGUCCACAGAUGACUUUCAAAACACCAUACAAAUUCAUUAUUAAAUUUUAUUCGGUAUUCAAUUACUUUAAUUCUAUAUACAAUAUUUUCUUGUGUUAAUGUUUCCAAUAUACAAAUAAUAUAGAAUCAAUAAAAGCUAAAAGCAUUGCGGGCCAAAUGACUUUUAAGAAUGAUGUUAAAUAUUUUGUAAAUAAAUGAUUUACGUGUUUGUAAACGCUGUCGCAAUUAUAUUGUGCGACAGUUGUAUAUUAAAAUUUAAUAUAUAAAAUAGUCUAUAAUGUAUGUAAACAUAGAAGCGUUUAUAAUCAAGAUGAAUGUAUGUUGGAAACAAGACUCAUUAGCUCAUAGGAUUAUAAGAAACAUAAGAUAAGUAAAGGUUAAGUGAGAACAGUUGUAUGUGCAAAAACAUUUAUACAACUGCAUUACAACAAAAAUACUACUAAUCGCAUUUAGGUAUUGUGAAAUAUUAAUAGUACAACGCGUGCACAAUAACAUGACACUUCUGUAGAAUACGGCCGCUGAUAUAGAUCUUUGAGUCACUCUUUUUUUCGGGUACGACAAACUACACAGUUUUCAUCAAAUGACGUCAUAGGACUCAGAUCAUGUUAUGGUGCACGAGUUACAUCACAUACGGCUAUUUUAGUCCAAUUGUUUUACAAUGUGGUGAUAAGUGUACAAAAUAAAUGUAUGUGGUUACGACAAACACACGAAAGUGUUGCGUACACUUUUGUAUUGUAGUGUAUGAAGAAGUUCCAUGCAUGAAAAUAAAUUCGCCGGACGAGCUCCUGGCAACUAGACUUGUUAAUCACACUUCAGCUUGUUCAAUUAAUAUUAGUGACCUGUUUAUAAAUGCAUUUACUAAGUAAUUCUAACAACAAAAUCUGUCCAUUGGAAACUAAAUGACCGAAAUUUUUACAUUUUUAUAUGUUGUCAUACUGCCAAAUGACUCUUUAGAAAUCUACUAAAUAAUACAUUAAAAUCGUUAAUAGCUAUGACUGUAUGAAAGAAGUUUACCAUAAUUUACCACUGCCGAAACACUCAAAACACAAACGUGUCAUCCCUCUCUUUCCCCUUUAAAAACAUGAGAUAAAAAUAUGCUUUUGUACCAGUGCUUUGGAAAUAUUGACGGAUGUUUUCCGUUGGACCGAACGGUCUACCGAUCAAUCGGCCCAAUGGGAUUUUAUUCCCAUUGGACCGAAUCCAUACAAUCAAAACACCUGUAUUCACGGUUAGAUUUAGUGUUCACGUACAUUGCACUUGAAAAUGUGUUAGACAAAGGAGACAUCGACCGCCUCGACCUCUAGUGGUGAGAGACAGCGUCUUAUUUGCUAUACAAACAUAAUUUCUUAUUUUACCUUUAUAAUUUUGUAUAUUUGUAAAUAUUACAAAUAAAUAAAUUCCAUAAUUGGUAGUAAUAUAAAUACAACAGCUAUUGUUAGCGGAAUAUAGGCAAAGCCGCGGGUACAAUGUAAUUUAGGGACGCGUAAAAUUAUACGUUAGCGAGCACGUUAGUUCCGUUAACCUCGUGUUAUAAAAUUUUUUGCAAACUAUUUGCAACUUUUAAUUAAAAUAAAACAUAACAUUCUUACUUUUUGCACUAGAUUCUUGGCUCAACUGGCCAAAAUUUGUUUAAAUGGGUAUGAUGUUUAUAUGAAUAAAAGAUGGUUUUGUUUGUGAUAAUG